CGAUAUCUUUAACUUUUCUCGCAUUAUGCAGCCUUAAAUAAGCGCAAUUUGAACGUAAAAGGGCGAAUUAAAAUGCUAAUUACAUCGCAUUUGAACAAUUCGAAACGGUGCAUAUCUUCUGAUUUGCAAAUUGGAUUUGCAAUGCAUUAGUGCAGUGAAUUGCUAAGUGGCGGCUUUGUUGUAUUUUCUAUAGCAAAAAGGAAACAUCUUUUGAACCUUUGAGAGAAAUGCAGAUAUCAAGACGUUACCUGUAGGGCCUUUAAAAUGUCUGUGCCGUUCAAACCCGAUAUUGAGAAAUAUUCAAUUACGAGGAGCUGAAAUUAAUCAGAAAGAUCAAAACAUAGCCGGUUUUAAGCGCGUGUGGCGGAGGAGGAAGGGGGGUGGGAGGAUGUCCCAUCUUAACGCCUUUGGGUGCCGCUUUACCCCUCAUAGAAUAUGGAUGCAAGACACCGUCCCGGGGAAAUACAAACAUAACCGCCGAUCUCGCCUUGACAACUCCCUAAUGGCUCUCAGCAGUAACAAAUUGCCAUCCCCACCGUUCUGUUCUGUCCAGGGCUCCCCUUACGACGCCCAUACGACGGGGAUGACCGGGGCCAUCAGCUACCACCCGUACGGCAGCCCUGCCUACCCCUACCAGCUCAGCGACCCCGCGUACAGGAAGAACGCCACCCGCGACGCCACGGCUACGCUGAAGGCCUGGCUGCAGGAGCACCGCAAGAACCCCUACCCCACCAAGGGCGAAAAGAUCAUGCUGGCCAUCAUCACCAAGAUGACCCUCACCCAGGAAACUGUUUGUGCUGCACAUUGUGUUACAUCUCCAAAUCCCACCAAGUUCCACUUCGCUCUGCUUCGAAAGUUGCUGGGACCGGUGUCACGGCAAUUUGGUAACCGGCAUUGUCCGGGCGAUGGGCGUGCGAGACUCUCCGGGCCGCGGGGAGCAUUCCUGAGGCAGGAAAAUCUCCACGCCAGCGCGAUUUGCGCUGUUUUGCCCUCCCUAAAUACAUGUCGAUGA